AUGGCAGAGCCAACGUACACCGUCUUCGUGCGCAUCCCCAUCCCGCGAGGCGACUUUGUCGACCCGCCGCCGGUGCAUUGGGAUCCGACCAAAGAUGAGGCUCUCUGGAAGAUCUUGUCCGGUGCCGCGCAGACCGACAUUGACUGGAAUCUCGUUGCCCAACGCUUCGAGGUCCCCGUCGACUUCCUUCUCCAGCAGGUGGCCUAUCUGACAGAGCGACACGCAUCGCAGGUCCGCGCCCAGGUUCGCAAGGCCACGGCUGCCGCCAGGGGCUCCGCCGCUCCCUCGCCGGUCCCGGGCUCCGAGCAUCCGCGCACCGCCUCGGCUCUGUCCGUCCGGCGUGACUCGCCUAUGCCACGACAUGACAGCGGCAGUGCCGCUCCUGCGUCCAUGGCUGGGUCCGGACGGCCGGGUGCGUCGCGCAAUGCUUCAGCUAAUACCGCGACCCAGAAAGACGCCGGCGGCUCGUCCGGGAGACUGCCCGUGUCUGGUCGUACUACAGACACGGGCGGCCGGAGGCGCUUGUCGUCGUUGCCCGUAGCGUCGUCGACUGCCAAGUCACCCGAGGCCACACCUGGGAACGACCAGGGAAGGGGGGCGUCGCCGGGCCCGGCCGAGUCCACCUCGUCCGAUGACGAUGGGUCCAGCCCCGCCCAAUCUCGCAUCAUCCGGCGGCCGCCCCGCUUCCAGCAGCAAGAAGCUGCUCAGUCAUACCACGACGUCGACAACGACGACGACGACGAGGACGACGAAGAGUCGGAGCCAGCGUUCCAGCCGUAUCGAGCCGCACCGGAGCAUGCGUCAGCCCAGGACCUGGCUUCCACGCUCAAGGGUGACGGCCGCAUCGCUGCAGAGCGCGGACACCAGGGCUCCGGCAAGGAUGCUGCCCUGCAAUCCCACACGUCCGACUCGUCGGCGAGCUCGGCGGCGAAUCUUCCUCGACCCGGCAAGGCCCACGAGCAGGUGAUGGGUGGCCCUCUGUCGUCGCCUCGCCGUGCCGCCGAGUUGGCGGGCCGCAGCCCUGCAGGCAAGCGCAGAGCCGCGUCGCGCGAGGGAAGCGAGGGUACACCGAGCAUGGGGAGCAGCUUCAGCGACCUCGAUGAUGCAUCCGUGACGCAGUCGGCACUGGAGGAAGCCUUGGCCAGCCAUAUGAACCGCGGGGCCAUCAGCAGCCGUUUCAGCAUCAGCCAGGCUUUCCGUAGCCGCUACACUCCCGGCUCCUCCAACAAAUGA